UAUCGCGCUCCUGUAGACUCUCCCGUUUCUCAUUACUUUAAGACGUUUCCUCUUAAGAGUUGGUCUCACAAACAUUUCUAUAAAUACACAGAUACUCUAGAUUUGGAGCAAGUGACCCGUCUCUGGUAUGAUAAUAUCACCACUAUAAAAUUCCUUCCCGGUUCGGUGGUCGACGAGAAGCUGUUCACUUCAAUUGUCAGGAGGAAAAUGGCAAAUGUAUUUGAUGUUAAUGAAAAGAAACGUAAACACGCUGAAGAUGAAGUGCAUACCAAUUCUGUCACGAUGUCUGCUGGACUUCUGAAAGAUACCUUUGAGCAUCAUAGAAAAUAUAUAAAACGAAAGCUAGGUGUGUCCCCACCAGUUACUUCUGUUGUAAAUAGAUCUAGUGAAGCUUUAAUCCUGGAAUUGAAGACUGAUAGUGACGACGAACCAGACACGGAAAAAAUUAAAUUUGAUCAGUAUAUAGAUAACGAAAAUUUUAUUCAAGAAAAACUUUCGUUGAAUAAUCUGUAUAUACUUGAAACCAACGUGGAUGAUACUUUUUAUGUAUUCCAAGAGAAAAAUAUUUCCACACUAUUUACUUCGUAUCAGUCUGAAGCAUUAAUAAUGGGGCAAACAUCGGGUUUGUCAAUUGUAACAGAUUAUCAUGAAAUUUUGAGUUUGGACAGUAUUUUAUUGCUGCAAGCUAACAAAUUUUCAGACUUGCAAGUCAAAAAAUUCUCCAGGAAUACUCUGACAAGUUUGCGGAAAAACAUGUGUGAUAUACAUGCGUCUAAAGUCAAGGUUACAUCAGCUAUAAAUUCUAUAUUUCGAGAAUAUGUUGAGAUUGCGAUUGAUGAGGAUCUUGGGCUAGAAAAGGCAGAAAAGGCUAUAAAAGAAUCGUUCACGAAAAAGUUUCCUAAUCCCACGGAUCAGGAAAUGUUUGAUAUAAUGCAGUUGAUUUUUUUACAACUCCCUGUUUUGCGUUCUUUCUUUCAUGAUUCCAUGCUUCAUUCCACUAUAUGGCCAAAUGCGGCAAGCAUAAGCACAAAAUCUCACAAUCAUAAGCUUGUUAAUACGGAUCUGUCACGCGCCAAACAGCCUGAUGGAAUUGGAAAUGUCACGAACAAUAAUAAACCGGCGUUUGAAGUGAUGUAUGGAGAAAACACUGGAGAAGGAAAGAACAACAAUAUUAGAAAAAAUACCCUUGAUCUCAUUAGAAUAGGUAUCUUUAUAAAAGAAGCUCUAGACAAUGUUAUUAAGGAAACAGGAAGAUGCUUUGUAAUCUUUAGAUGGCAAACAGUUGUAAACAGCAUGGACAGGCUAUAUGAUGGUUUUGACUGA